AUGGAAUCUUUGAGUGAUACCAAAUGGGAUGUCCUGAUUUCGGGGACGGGUCUGCAGAACUCCUUGCUUGCGCUAGCUCUGUCCCGCUCGAACAAGAAGAUCCUCCACGUCGAUGAAAAUGAAUAUUAUGGCGGCGCUGAGGCGGCCUUCAGUCUGCAGGAGGUAGAUGAAUGGGUAGAGAAGGUCUCAGGAGAUGAUCCUUCAAACCCUUUCCGAAAUGCCUCGUUAUGGAAGGCUGACGCCGAAGCCUUGAAUGGCACUCCUGGCCUUUCUUUCUCCAGAGCAUACACUCUCACCCUGUCGCCGCAGAUAAUAUACUCCAAGUCGAAGCUCUUGGCGCAGCUAGUCUCAUCGAAGGUGUAUCGCCAACUCGAAUUCCAGGCAGUCGGGAACUGGUGGAUGUACGAUGAAGACACAAACGAAUUUGAGCCUUUGAGAAAGCUGCCAACUAGUCGAGAGGAUGUUUCACAAGACAAGAGCCUCGAUAACAGAGCGAAACGAAGCCUAAUGAAGUUCUUGAAGUUUGUGAUCGACUACGAGAAUCAAGCGGAAACGUGGGAAUCUCAUGCCGACGCCGGACUGGAAGAAUUUCUCUCUUCGCAGUUCAAGCUCUCUGUGAAUCUUCGGAGUGCCAUCGCAGCAUUGACAUUGUCCUUUGAGGACCCGCAUGAUAUCUCUGUCAAAUGGGCCCUGCCUCGGAUUGCUCGACAUCUGACCUCGAUUGGGGUAUUUGGGCCUGGCUUUGGGGCUGUUGUGCCGAAAUGGGGCGGUGGUGCUGAGAUUUCACAAGUGGCUUGUCGAGCUGGUGCGGUAGGAGGCGGUGUCUAUGUCCUUGGAGCGGGAAUCAAGCAAUCGGGGAUGGUAACCGAGGAUGGCAAACAACUCAGUCAAGUUCACCUGUCGAACGGCGAGACUGUGAAAACUAGACGGCUUGUCGGUGGUGCUUCGCACCAUGAGCUAACCAACCCGAAGGUGGUCUCUAAGCUCAUCAGUGUCGUGUCAUCGCCUCUGACCUCGUUGUUCGAAAGCUCCAUCGAAGGCUCUCCACUGGCUGCAGUUUCAGUCGUCGUCAUCACCUCGUUCGGCACUGUCGAACACAAGGGCCAACCAUAUCCUAUCUACAUCAUGGUGCACUCGAGCGAGACUGGCGAAUGCCCAGCUAAUCAAUGUGUUUUGUACGCUACCACGAUGCAUACGAAGUAUAGCAAAUCUGCUCUCGAGGAGGCUGUGUCACAUCUCCUCAAAUCUAUCGAGAAGGGCGAGGGCAAGCUUUUAUACAGCCUCUAUUACGAGCAAGAACAGCAAGCCUCGACUGAUCCAACAAUACUACCUAAUGCAUCUCUGGAUCUUGCUUUCAACGAUGAGAUGCUUCAAGCCGUUGAAAAUCAGUGGAAGUCUAUCGUGGCUGAUGAUACUGGUGUUGGCGAUGCCAUUUUCAUGCAAUUUGAAGACCGGGAAGGAAUGGAUAAUGACGAUGAUGAUGGUGAUGAAGGAGUUUGA